UUACGGUUCAUUGCGCUAAUCUUAUCUUCGCCAGACCUCUCCUCAAAAGGUUUUCAAACAAACCAAUUGCAAGGGCGCGCCAACUCCACCAAAAUCAAUGUCUUCCACUUCGACACUUUCGCUGCCUCUACAACGCAAUGCCCGGAAAAAAGGCUUCCCAUCCUCCCCAGUCACAAAGCCAUUCACAGCUAAUCUUACUUUUUCGUUUUCAUUGCGUUUAACUAAAGCUAUUCACGUAAAAUCUUCCAGCACUGCAAAGUUUAAUGAAGUUGUGGUGGAUGAAGAGAUAGACAAGAUUAGGAGGCUCCAAAAUGGCUCAGAUGUUCGAGGGGUUGCGGUGGAGGGUGAGAAGGGCCGAACUGUGGAUCUCACGCCACCGGCUGUGGAAGCAAUUGCUGAGAGUUUUGGUGAGUGGGUAAUGAAUAGAUUGGAGAGUGAAGGAGGCGUGCCAGUUGAAGGUGUUAGGGUGUCUCUUGGGCGUGACCCUCGAAUCUCUGGCGCAUCUUUGAGUGCAGCAGUGUUUUCAGGUCUCGCUCGAGCUGGUUGUUUAGCGUUCGAUAUGGGACUUGCAACCACACCCGCUUGUUUCAUGAGUACAUUGUUGCCUCCGUUUGCCUAUGACGCUUCUAUAAUGAUGACAGCAUCUCACUUACCCUACACGCGAAACGGCCUAAAAUUCUUCACUAGGAAAGGGGGGCUGACCUCGCCGGAAGUGGAGGCAAUAUGUGACAAGGCGGCCAGGAAAUAUGCCAACAGGCUUACAAAAGUAUCAACCACGUUGAGCAUUCCUCCAACAAAAGUUGAUUUCAUGAGCACUUAUGCGAAGCAUCUCCGGGACAUCAUCAAGGAGAGGGUGAACCAUCCCUUGCACUAUGACACUCCACUCAAAGGGUUUCAGAUAAUUGUGAAUUCUGGGAAUGGAUCAGGAGGCUUCUUCACAUGGGACGUGUUAGAUAAACUUGGUGCAGACACCUUUGGCUCCCUAAACCUCAGCCCAGAUGGAAUGUUCCCCAACCACAUUCCCAACCCUGAGGACAAAACUGCCAUGGCCCUAACAAAGGCUGCAGUCCUCGAAAACAAUGCUGAUCUUGGAAUUGUUUUUGAUACCGAUGUAGAUCGCAGUGGUGUGGUGGAUAGUUCAGGGAACCCCAUCAAUGGUGACAAGCUCAUUGCACUCAUGGCUGCCAUUGUAUUGAGGGAACACCCUGGAUCCACCAUUGUCACCGAUGCUCGCACAAGCAUGGCUCUCACGCAAUUCAUCGCCAACAGAGGGGGUCAUCAUUGCUUGUAUCGUGUUGGCUACAGGAAUGUCAUUGAUAAAGGAGUUCAGCUUAAUAAAGAUGGCAUUGAAGCACAUCUCAUGAUGGAAACAUCUGGCCAUGGUGCUCUUAAAGAGAAUCAUUUCCUCGAUGAUGGGGCUUACAUGGUGGUAAAAAUCAUCAUAGAAAUGGUACGCAUGAAGCUUGCAGGAUCAUAUGAAGGAAUUGGGAGUCUCAUAGAAGACCUACAAGAACCAUUUGAAUCCGUUGAGCUGAGGAUGAACGUCAUCUCUGAGCCUAAACAUGCAAAGGCAAAAGGUGCUGAAGCAAUUGAAGCAUUCCGAAACUACAUCGAGGAAGGAAAGCUAGAGGGUUGGGAAUUGGAUUCCUGUGGAGACUGUUGGGUAAGUGAAGGCUGCCUCGUGGAUUUGAACGACACGCCAGCUGCCAUUGAUGCUUACAUGUACAGGGCUAAGGUUUCAGACAAAGAACAUGGACAACAUGGUUGGAUACACCUUCGGCAGAGCAUUCACAACCCAAAUAUUGCAGUAAACAUACAAUCAUCUGUGCCUAGUGGCUGCCAAUCCAUGGCAAGAGUACUCAGAGAGAAGUUUCUCAUUGCAAGUGGAAUGGAGAAAAGUCUUGACAUCACUCAGAUCGAUAAGUACGCAAAAAGUGGACAGGUAGGUUAAAGUGAAAUCUCCUUUGGAGGUUGAUACAAAGCAUGAAGCUCAACCUAGCAACAACUACAUACCAUGCAUUUUGUAUCCAACAUUUUAGUUGUACCAUAAUGUACAGUGGGCAUGUGUAUUCUUCCAAAGUUAAACAGAAUAAAAAAAAAAAAAAAUGAUACAUAGAAAUGAAUGAAGCCUGCUUGGAUAUAUAUAAGAAAGAAGAUGGAGUGCAAAAUUAGCAACCAGCUUACCUUCGCAUGGUCUGUUAACGACGAUUCCCACAUCGUUCCUGUAUGGCCUUGUUUGUUCCAAAGUCAAUGUCGUUCGUCUUAUCUUAUCGAAACCUUCACUUUUGCUUUUA